AUGCUGCGUAACUUUGUGGGCCGUCGUUUUUAUAGCAAUCCUAGCGGAGGUGUAACCAAUGAUUUUUUACAGCAGAUUUUAGAGAGAGCCAAGAAUGCAACUGCUGCUAAAGCAAAUGUUUCUAAGUUGAAGAAUUUGACUGGAGGGAACAUACCAAGAAAGUUCGCUGGAUCUAGAAACAGAAAUGACAAAAACAACAGGAGAUUUAAUCGUAAGCCCGAUAACAGGGAACAGUCUGCUGUUAAACCGCAAGCUGUUCUUACAAGCACGAAGGAGAAUGCUUUCAAUUCGAUGAUAGAACAAACCCAAUUCAGUAGGAAAAGUGCUGACAGUGGUUUUAAGAAGGUGUUCAGUGAGAAUGAACAAUUAUUAGAUGAAUUUUCUAGUUCUGGAAACAAGUUGAGACAUUACAACAAAGAUAAACCUGCCGAAAGAAACAGGUCGAGUAGAUUGAAAAGACAUGUUCCACGUUUAUCGUUGAAAUCACAAAAAAACGAUACCAGUAUCGUGUCUCGUAUCAAUAGAAAGAUCACGCCAGCCACCACGAACUAUGUUCCGCAAGAGACCACUCUACAUUCAUUAUUGAGAUAUCAACCAAUGCUAUCUCAUUCUAGGGACUCCAGGUUGAUUUCUUGUGCUGUAGAGACAUUGAAAGAAAAUUCGUUCCCUAUCGUUUCUUCUAUCAACCUUGGUUUUGGCAAGAAAAACAACUCCCUAACUUGCAAUUAUGCAUCCAACGUGGGAUCAUACAAGGGUGGGAACAAUUUAAAACUUGAUAAAGAAAGAUUAUUUAAGAACUUAGAAAUUAUCAUCAAUGAGGACAAAUUACAAAAGCAAGUGUUGGGCAAAUACGACAUCUUACCAAGAUACACGAAGGAAAAUUUUGCUACGAUGAGUAAUAAUGCAAAGAAAUUGGAAGAACUUGAACGUAACAGUGAAAUAGUGAGAACCAGUUUAUUCAACAACACCAACAUCUCAAAUAAUGCAAAGGCAUUAUUAUUGGAUAUAUGUUCUGGAAUGAAACCGAUUUCUGAGUUAUCAAACCAACAUGAUUAA